AUGCCUCAAGUUUGUACUAAUGAACCUCCUAAUGAGUGGAUGAAUCGAAUUUGGCCUCGCUUACAAUAUUUCAGAAAAAAUAAUCUAUUACCUACUGAAAGUAAAAAAUACCUUGAAGCUAGAAGAUUGCUAAAUGGUGGUUUAUAUGCUUCUAAAAUCGGAAUAGCAAUAUGUUUCUCUUGUGAUCA